UGCACCGUUUUAGUAACUUGGCAGGGUAUGGUGCAUAGAGCUCUAUAUAUAGAGCUUUAUCUCUGGGACAAAGGACGCAGACAAGGGGCCAGAACACCUCAAGCAAUUUGAGAGUGAAAGAGAUUGUGAUAGUGUGCGUGAGAGGGGAGUGUUGGUAUAAAAGAUUGUGGAGCACUCCACGUUGAAGGGAUAGAAUUCGGUGUGUACGGUAUAUAUCAAUCACAGACAAUUAAUAUAUUGGUCUUUGGAUAGAGAGAGCGGUUAAUUCUCGACAAAUAAGUUCGUGGUCAAUUACUAUCGGCUCACAGAGAGAUCGCUGCCAGAGUGACGAGCUGACUACAUAGUGGAUUUUUUUUCCCAUCGGUCCUCGGGGUUUUUUUUCUCUACUACCACAUUAAAUCUCAGUGUCCUUCUAUCCUUCACUUUAUUUCCAUCCCAAUCCAGUUUUCAAGUUAUGAUAUUAUUGUUAUUUGACAAGUUAUAACUCUCGACAAACCUUCUGACCCAUAAAUCGAACAGAAAGAAAGGGGAAAAAAAGAAAACGGCAACUCAAUGAGGAUUACAAAUUAAGAUCAGAACCCGGGCGUCUAUAUAUGGUCUCCAGGACUCUCUUUUAAUAUGGCGACGCUGUGGCUUUAUGGAAGAGGGAGGGCAGCAAUGGCGGAAAAGUUGGUUGAGGAGAAGAAGCAGCAGCAGCUGAGCUACAAGGGAAGAGCCAGGCCUCCGGGGAUAGUGUUGUUGAACCCCAAGCCAAGCAAAGGCCUCACUUCUAAGAUUUUAGACUGUGCUGAGAACCUCAUAGUGAAGCUAACAUCCAGGCUAUCCAGCCAUUCCCCACGGCCUCCUCUUCAUUAUCUCUCCGGUAACUUCGGCCCAGUUUCUGCUGAGACCCCUCCUGUCAAUGACCUCCCCGUGAGAGGCCACCUUCCGGACUGCUUGAAUGGAGAAUUUAUGAGGGUGGGUCCAAACCCUAGGUUUGUCCCGAUCGCAGGUUACCAUUGGUUUGAUGGAGACGGAAUGGUUCAUGGACUGCGCAUUAAAAAUGGGAAGGCAACUUACGUUUCCCGUUUUGUGAAGACGUCAAAACUUAUGCAGGAGGAGUUUUUCGGAUGUGCCAAAUAUGGAAAAAUAGGAGACCUCAAGGGCGUGUUUGGCUUACUUGUGGUCCUCCUGCAAAUGUUGAGAGCAAGCCAGAAGGCUUUAGAUGUUUCCUAUGGAUUUGGAACCGGUAACACUGCUCUCGUAUAUCACCAUGGGAAGCUUCUCGCUCUGCAGGAGCUUGAUAAACCUUAUGUGCUUAAGGUUUUGGAAGAUGGAGACCUGCUAACUCUUGGGAUAAUGGACUAUGAAAAGAGGCUUGCACAUCCCUUCACUGCACAUCCCAAAGUCGACCCAGUCACCGGUGAAAUGUUUACUUUCGGUUGUUCACUAACGCCCCCAUAUGUCACAUACCGCGUCAUUUCCAAGGAUGGUUUCAUGCAUGAUCCGGUACCAAUUACAAUACCAGCGCCCAUUCUGAUGCACGACUUCGCCAUCACUGACAGAUAUGCCAUUUUCAUGGAUCUUCCAUUUUAUUUCAGGCCAAUGGCAAUGGUUAAAGAAAAUAAGCUUCCAUAUGUCUUUGACCCGAUGAAGAAAGCACGAUUUGGUGUACUCCCACGUUAUGCAAAGAAUGAGCAUGAGAUCCGAUGGUUCGAGCUUCCAAGUUGCUUCAUAUUUCACAAUGCCAAUGCGUGGGAGGAGGGAGAUGAAGUUGUUCUCAUCACUGGUCGUUGCGAGGAUCUGGACCUAGAAAUGUUUAACGGACCUGUCAAAGAAGAAGUCAUCCCCAGAAGUUUCCGAUGUGAAUUGUACGAGAUGAGAUUCAACUUGACAACAGGUCUAGCUUCACAAAAGAAGUUAUCAGAAUCCGUCGUCAAUUUCCCCUCUAUAAACGAGACCUACACCGGCAGGAAACAGAGAUAUGUCUAUGGAGCACUCCUGGACGGCGCUGCGAAGGUUGACGGGAUCGCGAAAUUUGAUCUACAUGCUGAACCAGUGGCAGGAAAAGAGAAGGUUGAAGUUGGAGGUAACGUUAAAGGAAUCUUUAAAUUGGGACCAGGAAAAUUCGGUUCAGAAGCAGUAUUUGUACCUCGAGGACAUGACGUUGCUUCUGAAGAAGAUGAUGGAUACUUGAUAUUCCUUGUGCACGAUGCGAACACUGGAAAAUCAUCGGUAUAUGUGGCUGAUGCAAAAACGAUGUCUGCUGAUCCUGUUGCUGUGGUAGAUUUGCCGAACAGGGUCCCAUAUGGGUUCCACGGGUUGUUUCUAACCGAGGAACAACUUCGAGAGCAAGCAAACAUUUGAUUUUCUGCUCGUGUUCGAGGGCCUGCGUUGUAAUUUUUCACUCGUCUUGACAAUAUUUGCUCUCUAUACCACCAUUCCAAGAAAGAUGGACCUCUCCCUCCUGUUGUUGUUGAUGAAUCUAUACAUAUACGCAGUGUGUAUAUUCAGGAGCUAUAUCAUCUUGUGGGCAUGUAGCGACACCUUUGAAAACUUUGUCAAGAUUCAAGAAUGAUUGAACAUUCUGACCUUUUAUUCUCUUUUGUAGAAAGGGUCCACUACUUAUAACGUAAAACGAACAAAAGUGUACAUCAAGUCCGGAUAAACCGAGAAGUCAGGUUCGCCAACAUAUGCCAGAGUACACGACAGGCGUCUCCAUGGGCAGGGGGCACAGUAGAAGACACCAUAACCGUAUACCGUUCGAAGCUCCAUCUUUAAUUAUCAAGUUUGCUCCUUACCGAAAAGAAGAAAUAAUCAAGUCUGCUUCCCUUUUCACAACCUUCGCUGCCCAUCUCCUGGCAAAGCUUCCUCAAUCAACCUAUAAUCGGCAUUAGAACAAUGAUACCCGUCGCACUUCUCCAAAU